ACUGUGGCUCCCGCCACACUUCCUGUCCUGACACCCUCUUCUGCUUUCUCUUAGGUGUUUUUCUUUUUUUGUUUGUUUGUUUUUUGUCCUUUCACAGGAGGCUGGGAUCUGAGGAUCGCGGUUCAAAGCCAGCUCGGGCAGGAGAGACUGCACCUUCUUCACCAAGAAGGAGAUCAUGAGGCUCUUCUACCGCUACCAGGACCUGGCCCCCCAGCUUGUGCCCCUGGACUACACCAGCGGCCCCCACGUGAAGGUGCCCUACGAGCUCAUUGGGAGUAUGCCAGAACUGAAGGACAACCCUUUCCGCCAGAGGAUUGCCCAGGUCUUCUCUGAGGAUGGUGAUGGUCACAUGACCUUGGACAACUUCCUGGACAUGUUCUCCGUGAUGAGUGAAAUGGCACCCCGUGAUCUGAAGGCCUACUAUGCUUUCAAAAUCUAUGACUUCAAUGAGGAUGACUACAUCUGCGCAUGGGACCUGGAGCAGACGGUGAAGCAUCUGACUCGAGGUGAGCUGAGCCCUGAGGAAGUGCGACUGGUAUGUGAGAAGGUUCUGGAUGAGGCAGAUGGCGACCACGAUGGGCGGCUGUCGCUAGAAGACUUCCAGAACAUGAUCCUGCGGGCUCCUGACUUCCUCAGCACCUUCCACAUUCGCAUCUGACGCCUGGAGGAGAGGCCAGGGCAGCCAGAGAGGCAAGGGUGGCAGGGACACAGCACCCACAGGGACUCCUUGAGUGGUGAGAAUAAAUCAUCCUAACUGC